GCCACCUAACCGCGGCGCACCUGUCGUGUUGUCUGUGGUAACCGCAACGGGUGUAGGAAGUGCAGUGACUGUUCCGAACGAAUUCAAAUUCGAACUGUUCGAUUUUGUGUGACUGACAUUUAUUUUGGUGUGGCAUUUGUUUUUUUGGCGGUGCGCGUGAACUUAUCGGCACGUAAAACGGAAUCAAGAAGUCAGCAGCGUGAGGUGACAACACUUUCACCAGUAGCGCACGCGCCGCAUCUUCCCACGGUGAAACCGUGCGAAGAAAACGUCAGGAAAAUGCCCAUUGUACAAGAAAACACGGCUAGAUGCACCAGGUGAUCCAAUAUGCGCGAAGUUGCGCAGGCCAGCACACCGGCCAGGGUCCGGUUAAAACCAGUAUGGGCCGGGUUGAUAUGGUUGCUGCUAAUUGCGCACGCGGUUACAGCCAACAGGCCGCCGCGGUUUCUGAUAGAUGGCCAGUCAGAGAUCGUUUUGAGGCUGAAAGAAGGACCAGACACUCCUGUAGGCAGUCUAAUAUAUCGACUGAGAGGCGUUGAUCCUGAUGGAGACACAUUAAAAUUUGGGAUUAGAGACCAACUUGGUAGUGAUAUUUUAAGAUUAGAAGCCAUUUCAUCCAACGAAGCUAAUAUUUAUUUAGUUAAGGAAUUAGAUAGAGAGGUCCGUGAUGAAUACUCUUUCGUCCUAACUUUAACUGAUGGGCAUUUGGGGGAAGGGAACUUCGUCACGCAGAGCUUUUUGCUGUUAGUUGAAGACGUGAAUGACAACGAGCCCAUAUUCAAACCGUACCCGUCGGCAAUCACCGUGAAAGAAAAUGCACCGCCCAGCGUAAUUGCCACGGUAGAAGCAACAGACCUUGACGAAGGUGCAUAUGGUCAAGUGCUUUAUCACCUGCAAGAGCUAGACGGUGAUAUCGACAACUUUUCUGUACAAACUGUGAACGGGAAGGGUGUGAUCCGAGUAACGAAUAGCUUGGAUUACGAGAAGAAAUCGCUGUACCAACUGAGGGUGCUCGCGGUAGACCGCGCGAACCAAGGCAGAGUCAACACUGGGACGGCAGCGAUCUUGGUGAAGGUCCAAGACGUUGNUUUUGUUCAAGUCCGAGCCAUCGAUGGAGACCGAGGCAUCAACAACCGGAUAUCGUACAGCAUCAUCUCCGGCGGUGAAGAGCACUUUGACAUUGACAGCAGCUCGGGAAUCGUAUACACUAUCAACCAACUGGAUCGGGAAGAUCCCAAUAACAGCAAUGGAGCCUACAUAUUGGAGAUAUUGGCCACAGAGGAAUCCCACGCCGUCUCUCCUAUGCCCAGUGCUACGACCGAAGUGACGGUCAUUGUGACUGAUGUUAACGAUGAAACUCCAAGGUUUAGGAGUGAGAAGUAUGUCGGUGAAGUCCUGGAGAAUGCCCAGCAGAAUACCCCGAUAACUUUUCUUCAGGAUGCUUUGCCUGAAGUGUUUGACUAUGAUCAGGGGAAAAAUGGUACAUUCGAACUGUACCUGGUCGGAGACAAUGGUGUUUUCGACGUCACGCCAUUCAAGGGGAUCAAUGAGGCGUCGUUUCUGAUCAGAGUCAACGACCCGUCAUUUUUAGACUAUGAAAAGGUCACCGUAAUGAAUUUCAGUCUAGUCGCCAAAGAAAUUGUUGCCAAAGACCCAAAGAUGAGUGUAGUGCCAAUAAUGGUCCAUAUAAAGGACGAGAACGACAAUUUCCCCGAGUUCACGGAGUCUCUGUACAUGGUGUCCGUCCCUGAAAACUGCGAGGUUGGGACCACAGUAGCCUGGGUGCAAGCUUUAGACCAGGAUUCCGAUAAUUAUGGAACCAGGGGCAUUAGAUACACCAGCCUUGGAGGAAGUAUAGCCAAUUUGCUCAACCUAAACCCAAUAUCAGGCGUGAUAACAGUAAAACAAGCAGGAGGUGACAACUUCGACCGGGAAUUGAUCUCACGACACUACCUCACCGUGGAAGCAAGAGACGACCUCGGGAAAGGCAACCGUAAUACAGCACAGCUGAUCAUCAAUAUAGAAGACGUUAACGACAAUGCCCCAAUGUUUCUUGCAAACAAAUACGAAGCCAGACUGCUGGAGAAUGAACGCCAGUUUGAGAACCCAUUGAUACUGGAAGCUAGAGAUAUCGACCUCAAUGGCACAAAGAACAGCCACAUCGAGUAUUCCAUAGUCGGCGGCGAGUACAAGAACAACUUCUCGAUUGACCCUAACCUGGGCAUCAUCACGCCCAGAGGUGGACUAGAUUUCGAGCAGAUUCCGGGGGACAACACCAAUAUUCGACCUAUACAUCUGACGGUGAGAGCUCGCGACUUCGGUAUACCACCACUAUCGUCUACCGUGCCCGUAACAAUAUACGUGCAAGACGUCAACGAUCACGCGCCGCUGUUUCAGCAGAUGAUCUACAAGAGAUCUAUCCCUGAGGACAUGCCAGGUGGCACUAGUGUGUUAGAGGUAAAAGCCCGCGAUUCCGACGGCUCAUCGCCGAACAACCGAGUGGUGUACCGCAUCCAAAGAGGCGCCAGCGACAAGUUCGUCAUCGACAGCCGCUCUGGCGUGGUCUCUGUGGCCAACGGGUCCAACCUCGACCCGGACAAGACCAACCCGAAGAGCAACCGGUACACGCUCACUGUGGUGGCGCUAGACGGUGGUAUAGGCGACCAGCAACUAAGCGCGGCAGUGCUUGUGAACAUCACUAUAGUGGACGUCAACAACAAACCACCCGUUUUGAAGGAACCAGGCACCAUCACCGUCAGAGAAAACACGCAGGUUGGCACACAAAUAUACCGCGCGCAAGCGUACGACCCGGACGAACAGCCGGUUCUCCGCUACUCGAUAGACAGAGAAGGCAGUAUAGCGCGAGACGAGGACGGAAUACCCAUCCCUGCGACGGAGUACGACUACCGCGCGCUUUGGGACUUGAAUCCGGUCGAUGGGACGCUUAAAGUCGUGGCGCUAGACGGUGGUAUAGGCGACCAGCAACUAAGCGCGGCGGUGCUCGUAAAUAUCACUAUAGUGGACGUCAACAACAAACCGCCCGUUUUGAAGGAACCAGGCACCAUCACCGUCAGGGAAAACACGCAGGUUGGCACACAAAUCUACCGCGCGCAAGCGUACGAUCCGGACGAGCAACCAGUUCUGCGUUACUCGAUAGACAGAGAGGGCAGUAUCGCGCGAGACGAGGACGGAAUACCCAUCCCUGCGACAGAGUACGACUACCGCGCACUUUGGGACUUGAAUCCGGUCGAUGGGACGCUUAAAGUCGUCAGGUUACUAGACCGCGAAAAAGUUGAAACAGUGAAACUAGUAAUCACAGUUGAAGACAUGGCAGCAAUAGACGGUGGUCCUCGUCAGACCGCCUCAGCCACCCUCACCAUUCUAAUAGAGGAUGAAAACGACAACAAUCCCAAGUUCAGGAAGCCGUUCUAUAGGACAUCUAUACCUGAAAACUCGAAGAACGGCGCCAAUAUAGCGACGGUGAUAGCUGAUGAUGCGGACAAGAAUAGGACUAUGUCGUAUUACCUUGAAGGGCCAGACGAACUGCUAAGCAUGGUGCAUUUAGAGCGGUCUACCGGUGAAGUUGUGGUCGCAAACAAGAUCGACCACGAGGUGUACCCGUGGAUCAAUCUUACGGUUAAAGCGGUGGACAGCGGUGUGCCCCCUAGGCAUUCUGUCGUAGAUUUGUUUAUACAGGUACUGGACGAGAACGACAACAACCCAGUGUUUGAAUCGUCGGCGUUUGAAUACCGCGUGUUAGAAGCGGUGGAGCCGGGCACCACCAUCGCUGUAGUGCAAGCCACGGAUGCUGACUCGGGAGAAUACGGAAAGAUCACUUAUCUGCUCGACAGGAUGUCUACACAGGGCAAGUUCCUAAUCAACGCAGAGACAGGGGCUCUCACAGUGUCGGACUGGCUGGACCGCGAGACGCAAGCCACUUACAACCUGGUGGUUGAAGCGUGGGACAACUACCAGUUUGGGUACCUCAGUGGCGAGAGCCGGAACGCUUUCAAGCAGAUAGUAGUUCACGUUGAAGACGUAAACGAUAACCCGCCAAUACUCCAAAUGCCGGAAGAGUGUACCACCAUCACGGAGUUCCACAACCACCGCGAGCCCAUAGUGUCGGUGUCGGCGACCGACGCCGACGACAACUCGUCGCCGAAUGGACGCGUGCAGUUUCACUUGGUCGGUGGAAAAGGACACGUGUCGGUGUCGGCGACCGACGCCGACGACAACUCGUUGCCGAAUGGACGCGUGCAGUUUCACUUGUACGUCAGUCCACUCCUGGAUAAUCUAUUUAUCAUCACGGAGUUCCACAACCACCGCGAGCCCAUAGUGUCGGUGUCGGCGACCGACGCCGACGACAAUUCUUCGCCGAAUGGACGCGUGCAGUUUCACUUGGUCGGUGGAAAAGGACACGAACUAUUCCGCUUCGAGCAAGUGGGGGGCGAUGCCAACACCGGUCGACUGUUCGCGCGGCAGUCGCUCAAGGAUCGCUUCGGGAACUACACGCUACUGGUGGAGGCGAGGGACCUCGGGAUACCCCCCAAUAUCGUUCGCGGAGAGUUGAGGCUGUGUGUCACUGAUUACAAUGACCAUGCGCCUGUGUUUGUGCAUCCGCCUCAGAAUGUCACUAUUAAAGUUCCAGAGAACGCAACAAUCGGAUCCCUAGUAGUCGACGUGAAAGCGAUCGAUGCGGACAUCGGCCCCAACGGUGCCGUCCGCUAUAGGGUUCGCCAAGACGCGGCCGGCGCCUGGCGAACCUUCACGGUACACGCGACUACGGGAGUGCUACGUACUACUAGAUCGCUCGACAGGGACAAACAAACCACGUAUCAGCUCAGAAUCGAAGCCUACGACCUAGGUCUCCCCACGCCUCUAAGUUCGGACUUGGACCUUACAAUCUACGUGCAAAACGUCGACAGCUACCGCCCCCGGUUUCCUCACAAGACCUUCCGGAUAAACGUCACUGAGAACCUCCCGAAGUAUGAAGUGUACCUCCCGAGUGUGAUAGAGAGGGAUGAAAUAGACAGAGGGGAUGAACCGGUGUUGCCAGUGUGUUACUUUAUCGUGGAAGGGAACGAAGGAGGCGCGUUCCAGCUGCAACCUAGCACGCACAAGUUAUCAACAGUGAACUCUCUGGACCGUGAACAGAGGUCGUCCUACAACCUGACCGUGCUAGCGACUGAAGACUGCGUGGCUACUCCUACUUAUAACCCCGACACAGAUGCCGUGAGCUCCCUGAAAGUGUUGGUCGCCGUGAAUGACGUCAAUGACAACGCGCCGAGGUUCGUGAAGAAGAUAUUUACCGGAGGUGUGACCACUGAAGCGGAUUUUGGCAUCGAGUUUAUGCAUGUUAAAGCUGAGGACGCAGAUGAAGGAGAAAACGCUCGCAUCAGCUACUUCCUGCUUGGAGAAGUGAAGCAGACCCUGACGGAAGGCUUGGAGAACCUCGCCGUGCAGCCUUUCCUCGUCGACCCUCGAAGCGGGGCCAUUGCCCUCAACUUUGACCCCCAAAAGGGGAUGAAAGGGUACUUUGACUUCAAGGUGCUCGCAAACGACACAGGCGGUCUCCACGACGAAGCUCACGUGUUCAUAUACCUACUACGCGAGGACCAACGCGUACGUUUCGUACUACGGGCGCACCCGUCCGAAGUUCGAGACAGAAUACACAUCUUCCAAGAACAAUUGGCUCGUGUAACAGGCGCAGUAGUUAACGUAGAUGAUCUUAGAGUCCACGAGAAUAAGGACGGAUCGGUGGAUAAUACUAAAACGGAUCUGUACUUGCAUUUGGUGAAUGGACAAGACCAUUCUGUGUUGGAGGUGCAGCAAGUGUUGAAGAUUGUGGAUAAGAAUAUCGAGCAGCUGGAUGAUUUGUUUAAGGAGUUCAACGUGCUAGACACGCAACCAGCGGAGUACCAGCCGCUAACGGCUGAGUCGCUGUCGGCCAACCAGGCCGUGUUCUGGCUGGUGUGGAGCACGCUGCUGCUGGCUGUACUGCUGCUCCUGGCGCUGCUCACGUGCCUCUCCCAGCGGGCUGCCUACGCGCGCCGGCUGAAGGCCGCCACCGCCACCGCCUACUCUACCCCCACCGCUGGAGAAUCCGACAUGACCAUACGCAGCUCUGGCGGACGAGUGCCAAACACGAAUAAACAUAGCACCAAAGGCUCCAACCCUAUCUGGCUCCACGCGUACGAAAACGACUGGUACAAAUCCGACGACCAGCUCAGCCACUCGGAAAGAGACUCGCUUGACGAAAACGCCGUCGAUCAAGACCUGUCCAACGAGAAACCAUACUUCAUCACAACCGGAGCCUUUCCCUCCAUAGACUCCAACCAAACUGAACCGCAGACUAACCAAGCCAAAUACGACUUUUACCAGCAACUAGAACAAAUGAAGAACGCUAAAAACAUGGAAACGACUGAACUAUAAAAUAGAUGUAAUUUAUUAGCUUUGUAACGUGCCUUUGUAAAUUAUGUACCUCUGUAAGUUUCAAUUACAAAGAGAAAAUUA